AUGGCGAUGACCCAGGCAGCAAACCUGGUAGAGAAGGCUCUCGGCCAUGGUGAUAAUGCAACAAUCACCACUGAUGUGUCCAGCUACGACAAUGAAUAUGGAGUGGAGACCGGAGAGAUGAUCCAGGCUACUACCUGGCAAGGGAAGAAUCAAGUCAAAGUUGUGGAAAUGCCGAAGCCACGGGUGAUUGACCCUGGAGACGUGAUUGUCAGGGUGACAGGAAGCACUAUUUGCGGUAGCGAUCUGCACCUGUAUCAUGGGGUCAUUCCUCAAUUGGAGAAGGGCGACGUGCUCGGCCAUGAAUGCUGCGGGGUUGUGGACAGUGUAGGGCCCGAGGCAAAGAAUGUCAAUGUUGGAGAACGAGUUGUUGUUUCUUUUCCAAUUGCUUGCGGGGAUUGCAAGAAUUGUCGGAGAGAAUACUAUUCUCAAUGUGACAGGACCCACGAGAACACUUUGACCAAUGCCUUGUAUGGGAAGCGGACUGCAGGCAUAUUUGGAUAUUCCCAUUUUACAGGUGGGUUUGCAGGUGGCCAGGCCGAGUACAUUCGAGUUCCAUACGGCGACGUCAAUCUACUUUCUAUUCCAGCCGAUGUGCCAGAUGAGAAGGCACUUUACGUCUCGGAUGUUGUGGCGACAUCAUGGCACUGCGUGGUCGACACCGGUGUUAAGAAAGGAGACGUUGUUGCGAUCUGGGGAGCUGGACCGAUCGGGCAGAUGUGUGCACAGUUCAGCUUCUUCCAUGGCGCUAGUCGAGUUAUACUUAUCGACGGAGGUGAUGGUGCAUGGCGAUUGGACUUUGUGAAGACUAAAGCGCCAAAGGUUGAGACAAUCAACUUCGCUGAUCUGCCCAAAGGCGAGUCAGUGACAUCACAGCUGCAAAAAAUGGUUGAUGGCGGACCAGAUGUUGCUUUGGAAUGUGCAGCGGGUGAAUAUGCCAAAGGCUGGGCGCAUUACUUUGAACAGAUGCUUGGAAUGGAGACGGAUACCUCGGAGUUGUUGAAUGAGAUGAUUACUGCCGUUCGCCCGUUUGGCCAUGUUGGGGUGACGGGGGUCUAUGCCGGAUUUACCAAUCACUUUAAUAUUGGGGCUCUGAUGCAGACCGGUGUACACCUUAUGGGUAAUGGACAGGCUCCUGUGCAGAAGUAUUGGAAACACCUCAUGCACCUCAUUCAGACGAACGAUAUCAAUCCACUGGAUAUGGUGACCCACCGGGUCCGUUUGGAAGACAUGGAGAAAUUGUAUGCAAUUUUCAACAAGCGAGAGAUGGGCAUGCAGAAGGUCUUCGUACAGACCAAGCACUCUGCUCCCCCAACAGACGGAGCUCCUCGAUUAACGGAGUUGUGA